UCCUUUUGAAGACUGCUCAUCUCCUGUUCUCCUCUUCUCAGAGUGUUGAUAACCUUUACCACUGCAAACAUGAGGAAGGCAUACUCUGUCAGCUCUGGUAGCAGCACCAGGAGGUCCUUUGCACCAGUUAGCAGCUACUCCGUAAAAAGAUCCAGUUAUGGUGCUGGAGUUGGAGCUGGUGGUCUUGGUUUUAGUAUGUCUUCAAUGGGCAGCGGAUUAGGUAGUGGUUCUGGUAGUUAUGGCUUUACUUCUAGCCAAACAGGAGGCGGCUUCAUCACUCCACAGAUCACAGCUAUCCAAGUCAACCAGAGCCUGCUGACCCCUCUGAACCUGGAUAUUGACCCCACCAUCCAGAUUGUCCGCACCCAGGAGAAGGAUCAGAUCAAGACCCUCAACAACCGCUUCGCCUCCUUCAUCGACAAGGUACGUUUCCUGGAGCAACAGAACAAGAUGCUGGAGACCAAAUGGAGCCUCCUGCAGGACCAGACCACCACCCGCUCCAACAUCGAUGCCAUGUUCGAGGCCUACAUUGCCAACCUGCGCAGACAGCUCGACGGGCUGGGCAAUGAGAAGGGCAAGCUGGAGGGAGAGCUGAGGAACAUGCAGGGCCUGGUUGAGGACUUCAAGACAAAGUAUGAAGAUGAAAUCAACAAACGUACAGCUGCAGAGAACGAGUUUGUGCUCCUGAAGAAGGAUGUUGAUGCUGCCUACAUGAACAAGGUGGAGCUAGAGGCCAGGGCUGAUGCUCUUCAGGAUGAGAUCAACUUCCUCAGGGCCGUAUAUGAGACUGAGCUUCGUGAGCUGCAGAGCCAGAUCAAGGACACCUCCGUCAUCGUGGAGAUGGACAACAGCCGUAACCUGGACAUGGAUUCUAUUGUGGCUGAAGUGCGUGCUCAGUAUGAGGACAUUGCCAACCGCAGCAAGGCUGAAGCAGAGACCUGGUAUAAACAGAAGUAUGAGGAGAUGCAGAGCACUGCCGGACAGUAUGGUGACGACCUGCGCACAACCAAGGCUGAGAUUUCUGAGCUAAACCGCAUGAUCUCCCGUCUUCAGAAUGAGAUUGAGGCCGUCAAGGGACAGAGGGCCAGCCUGGAGGCUCAGAUUGCAGAGGCUGAGGAGCGUGGUGAGCUGGCAGUGAAGGAUGCCAAACUCCGCAUUAAGGACCUGGAGGAUGCUCUGCAGAGAGCCAAGCAGGACAUGACCCGCCAGGUGCGUGAAUACCAGGAACUGAUGAACGUCAAGCUGGCCCUGGACAUCGAAAUCGCCACCUACAGGAAACUGCUGGAAGGAGAGGAGUCCAGGUGA